AUGUCCAAGGCAGACACAGACGACACUCAGAUAAAGCUCCUUCAGCCUGAGACAACGAAUCCUGACGACAAUGUCCCGGCAGUCUAUCGCUCCCUAAACUUUCGAAGCCUCCAAGACCCAUACUCGAAUAAUAACGACACAAUGGUCAGUCAUUACAGCACUUUACGUGCUGAUGAUCUCGAGACAAUGCUUGAUGGUGGUCUCGAACGGUUUUACAAGAAAUACGAUCAUCUUUCUCAUAAAGCGAGUCUUCAAUUGCCAACACCUGAAGUUAGUUUUCAGAAUUUGUCAUUUACGAUUCAAGUUCCUGCAUCAGUUGAAGAUCAUGGGACAGUUGGGUCUUAUCUCCGUGAUAUCUUUACGCCGUGGAAGCGACCACCUCUAGUUCCAAAGCACGCUCUUCAUCCAAUGACAGGAAUAAUUAAACCUGGAACACUGACACUAGUACUCGCUAAUCCUGGUGCUGGCAAGUCGACAUUCCUUAAAGCAUUAGCUGGGAAGCUCCAGGACUCAUCCAAGACAAAACUAGGAGGUGAUAUCCUGUAUUCUGGACUACGUGGUGAUGAGAUUGAUCUCAUUAAGCUUGUGGGAAUGGUCGAUCAGACGGAUAAUCAUAUUGCGACAUUAACGGUCCGUGAGACGUUUAAAUUUGCCGAUAUGUGUGUGAAUGGAUUGCCACAAGACCAACCGGAAGAGUUACGGGACAUUGCUGCUCUUCGAACAGAGCUCUUUAUCCAAAUCUUGGGGAUGGAAGAUUGUGCUGAUACAAUUGUGGGUGACGCGUUGCUCCGAGGUGUUAGCGGUGGUGAGCGGAAGCGAGUGACUGUCGGUGAAGUUCUGAUCGGAGGACAGAGUCUAUUCCUGUGUGAUGAGAUCUCCACGGGUCUAGACAGUGCUGCUACCUUUGAUAUUAUCAAGUCAUUGAGGACUUGGUGCAAGACACUUGGCGGAUCAUCGGUAAUUGCUCUGCUGCAACCAACCCCCGAAGUCGUGGAAAUGUUUGACGACAUUUUGAUGAUUAAUGAAGGCCACAUGGCGUAUCAUGGUCCACGUACAAAGAUCCUCGACUACUUUGAAGGACAUGGAUUCACGUGUCCACCUCGUGUUGACCCUGCGGAUUUCCUGAUUGAGGUCACUUCUGGUCGAGGUCAGCGAUACGCAAACGGCACCAUUUCCAUUAAAGAUCUGCCCGUAUCGUCGGAAGAUUUCAACAAUCGAUUUUGCCAGUCGAAUAUCUAUCGCAAGACUUACGAAGCCAUCAGCAAGGGAUUCAACGAGCAUCAGUUUGAGAGUGCCGAGGACUUUAAAAAAGCCAAGAGCGUAGCAAACCUGGCGCGCUCGAAGGAGAAAUCAGAGUUCGGUCUUGCAUUCUUACCGAGCACGUUGCUGUUGCUAAACCGGCAGAAGCUAGUAUGGUUGCGUGACCCACCACUGCUAUGGGGGAAACUGUUUGAAGGACUUGUCAUUGGCCUUGUCAUGGGAAUGCUUUACUUUGACGUGAGCAAGACGUACUACCUUCGCAUGAUUUUCUUCAGUAUUGCGCUAUUCCAGCGUCAAGCGUGGCAGCAGAUCACCAUCUCGUUCGAUUUACGCAAGGUGUUUUACAAGCAACGACCUCGCAACUUCUUCCGCACGUCCUCAUACGCCAUCGCUGAAAGUGUCGUACAGAUCCCGGUCAACAUGGCCGUCUCGUUUGUUCUAGGCACGUUCUUUUACUUCAUGAGCGGUUUGACGCGGACGUUUGAGAAGUUCAUCGUGUUCUACCUCGUGCUGCUGUGUUUCCAGCAUGCCAUUAGUGCCUACAUGACGAUGUUGAGCGCGUUAUCGCCAAGCAUCACGAUUGGUCAGGCUUUGGCAGCCAUUUCCGUAAGCUUUUUCCUGCUCUUCUCGGGCAACAUCAUUUUGGCGGACCUGAUCCCGGACUACUGGAUAUGGAUGUACUGGUUCAGUCCGAUCUCGUGGGCGUUGCGCAGUAACAUGCUGUCCGAGUUCUCAAGUGAUCGUUAUAGUCCCGCUGUGAGCCAGGCGCAACUGGAGAGUUUCUCGAUUACGCAAGGCACGGAAUACAUUUGGUUCGGUGUCGCAGUGCUUGUCGUGUACUACUUUGCUUUCACAAGCUUCAACGCUUUGGCACUGCACUACAUUCGAUAUGAGAAGUUCAAAGGUGUAAGUGUGAUGGCCAUGAAGCAAAAAGAGGAUGCUAACAAUGUAUAUGUUGAGGUGAGUACGCCAAAAACUGCUCAACACGGCACCGGAGCUACGAAGGCGAAGGAUGGGGGUCUUCCAUUCACGCCUACGAAUCUGUGUAUUAAGGACCUGGACUACUAUGUGACGUUGCCAUCGGGUGAGGAGAGACAAUUGUUGCAGAAGAUCACGGCCCACUUUGAGCCUGGCCGCAUGGUUGCCCUGAUGGGUGCGACGGGUGCCGGCAAGACGACGCUGAUGGACGUCAUUGCCGGGCGAAAGACGGGAGGCCGGAUCGUGGGUGAUAUUUACGUGAACGGUGAGGUGAAGGAUCCGGCAAUCUUUAGUCGCAUCACAGCGUACUGCGAGCAGAUGGACAUCCACUCGGAGGCUGCAAGUAUAUAUGAGGCGUUAGUAUUCUCGGCAAAACUGCGCCUACCCCCGAACUUCACCGAGGAAGAACGUAUGAACUUGGUGCACGAAACGCUUGAAUUGCUAGAGUUGUCAUCCAUCGCCAGCGAGAUGGUAGGCAGUCUAUCAGUGGAGCAGAAGAAACGUGUAACAAUCGGAGUUGAGGUGGUGUCGAAUCCGAGCGUCCUCUUCCUGGAUGAGCCGACAAGUGGUCUUGAUGCGCGAUCAGCACUCAUCGUGAUGCGGGGCGUGCAAUCAAUUGCUCGCACGGGCCGCACAGUGCUGUGCACGAUACACCAACCGAGCAUUUCAAUUUUUGAGUUGUUUGACGGUCUGCUGCUGCUGCAGAAGGGAGGUUACACGGCGUACUUUGGUGAUCUUGGGGUGGACUCGGUGAAGAUGCUAGAGUACUUUGCCUCGAUCCCUGGCACGGAAGAGAUUCGUUCGCAGUACAACCCAGCCACGUACAUGCUGGAAGUGAUCGGCGCUGGCAUCGGUCGUGAUGUGAAGAACUACUCUGUUGAGUACAAAAACAGCGAGUUGUGCCAGAAGAAUCGUGCGCGUACGUUGGAUCUCUGCAAAGUGUCGGGGGAGUUCAUACGUCACUCAACGCUGAAUCAUCGGCCGAUCGCGACAGACUUCUGGAACCAAUUGCGCGAGCUAACGACGAAGCAGCGACUAACGUACUGGCGUAACCCACAGUACAACUUCAUGCGAGUGUUCCUGUUCCCGAUGUUUGCCGUCAUCUUCGGCACAACAUUUUACCAGCUCUCUGCUGACAGUGUUAAGCGCAUUAACUCGCACAUUGGCCUCAUUUACAACAGUAUGGACUUCAUUGGUGUGACGAAUUUGAUGACGGUGAUUGAAGUGACGUGUGCUGAGCGCGCGGUGUACUACCGCGAGCGCAUGUCAAACUACUACAGUCCAUUACCGUACAGCUUGUCUCUAUGGUUUGCUGAGAUUCCGUACUUGAUCUUGGUAAAUAUUCUGUUUGUGGCGAUCGAGUACUGGCUGGUGGGGUGGAGUGACAAUGCUGGCGACUUCUUCUUCUUCAUGCUCGUGUUUUACCUCUACACAUCUGCGUGCACGUUUAUCGGCCAGUGGAUGUCUGCAUUGAUGCCGAACGAGAAGGUAGCGAACGUAGCUGUGGGUGCAAUUUCGUGCCUGCUGAAUCUAUUCUCGGGCUUCCUACUUCCACGUACUGCCAUGAAGGCGGGCUAUAAGUGGUUCCAAUACCUGAUGCCAUCGAGUUACUCCCUCUCGGCUCUUGUGGGCGUGCAGUUUGGCGAGGUGCAAGACAUAAUUGAGGUGACAACUGGUGGUGUGACAACCGAAAUGACCGUGGCCAAAUACGUCGAGGAUAUCUACGACUUCCGCCCUGGCAGUAAGUACAACUUCAUGAUUGGUCUCAUUAUGAUUUGGCUAGUGGUGCAGCUUGCUAUCUACUUGACGUUCAAGUACGUGAACCACCUCAAGAGGUAA